UUCCUAGCUACGUCCCUUGAUUAGACACACACUGUUAGUUUCCACUGUUUUAAAGCUUCAUUCAGCUGAACAUGGGGAUGUCCGGAGAAAAACUGCUUCUCGUGCUGCUGCUGGAGCUUCUCUUUACAAGCUAUUUUGCUGCUUGUUUUGAUGUCACUCUUCUCCACACCAACGACGUCCAUGCCAGGGUAGAAGAAACUAGCGUGCACUCAGGAAAGUGUGAUCCAGGAGGAGAGUGCUACGCCGGAGUCGCUAGAAGAUUAACAAAAAUAAACAGUAUCCGAAAAACAGAAGAAAACGUUUUACUUCUGGAUGCUGGCGAUCAAUAUCAAGGAACGAUCUGGUUCAACUAUUACAAGGGAGACGAAGCGGCUCAUUUUAUGAAUCGGCUGAAGUAUGAUGCCAUGGCCUUAGGAAAUCAUGAAUUUGACAAUGGAAUGGAAGGAUUAAUCAGCCCUUUUCUUCAGAAAGUGAACUGCUCAGUACUGAGUGCUAAUAUGAAACCAGAUCAGAAACUGGCUGACAAAAUAAGUGGAUUAGUCCUGCCCUAUAAAAUCUUUACAUUGGGCUCUGAGAAAGUGGCUGUGGUCGGGUACACAACAAAGGAAACACCAACCCUAUCCACUCCAGGACCGAAUGUAGUGUUUCAAGAUGAGGUCCAAGCCUUACAGGUUGAGGUAGACAAGUUAAAAACACUGGGAAUAAACAAGAUCAUUGCUUUGGGCCAUUCUGGAUUUGAAACGGAUAAAAUAAUUGCAAAGAAAGUGAGUGGCGUUGAUGUUGUUAUUGGUGGACACUCGAACACAUUCCUUUACACAGGUACACCUCCCUCCAAUGACGUCCCUGCUGGUCAGUAUCCAUUCAUGGUUGACUCUGAUGACGGGCGUAAAGUGCCAGUUGUGCAGGCCUAUGCUUUUGGAAAGUACCUUGGCUAUCUUAAAGUCACCUUCAAUAAGCAAGGGAAUGUUGUGGCGGCUACGGGGAACCCGAUACUUCUAGACAGCACUAUAACGGAAGAUAAAGACUUGCGUGCAGAGGUUGAUUUGUGGAAACAGAAUCUCAGUAAUUAUUCGGCUCAAGUUAUUGGGAAGACCAUGGUGUACCUUAAUGGGACUACUGAAGAGUGCCGUUUCCGGGAAUGCAACAUGGGGAAUUUAAUCUGUGAUGCAGCGAUUAACCAUAAUAUGAAAUACCCUGACGAGCUGCGCUGGAACCAUGUGUCACUUUGCAUUAUUAAUGGAGGAGAUAUUCGAGCCCCAAUCGAUGAGCGCAGUGGAAAUGGAACCAUUACUUUGGAGACCCUAACUGCUGUAAUGCCCUUUGAUGGUACUUUUGAUUUAGUCGAGCUAAAGGGAUCAACACUGAGAGCUGCAUUUGAGCAUUCUGUAAGGAGACAUGGGCAAUCUACAGGAGAGUUUCUGCAAGUGUCUGGCAUACAUGUUGUCUUCGACCUCUCCAAAGCACCGGGACACCGAGUGAAGAAGCUUGACGUUUUGUGCACUAAAUGCCGUGUGCCGUAUUAUGAGCCACUGGACAUCAACAAAACUUACAAGGUUGUCAUUCCAUCCUACAUGGCAGGUGGAGGAGAUGGCUUUGCCAUGAUAAAAGAAGAGAAACUCAAACAUGACACUGGUGAUCAAGACAUAUCUGUUGUCUCGGAUUACAUUUCUGCAAUGAAGAAGGUUUAUCCAGCAGUGGAAGGACGGAUUCUAUUUUCAGGUUCUGUCCCCACAGGGCUGCUCUCCAAAGAACACUUGAAGAUGGUGCUGCUAUCACUGGCCUUUUUCUUGGCUUCCAUAGUGUAGAGGAGCAGCUCCCAUGCAUGCCUUCUAUGCACUCCAGUUUAUUAUAGUUCACUUUUCACGUCUGCCAGUCACCAGUUCACACUUUAAACCCACAAAACUUUGGACAUGUUUAAAGUAUAUUUCAGUAUAUUGUAAGAGAGGACUAAAAUCGACCCCCGAGAUAGAUAGAUAGAUAGAUAGAUAGAUAGAUAUUACUGCACUGAUUCUCUUCAUUACAUUACAGUCAUACAUAUAAGUGCAGGUCCCCAACGGCAGUUCAGAUACAAUAUAAUAUAUUAUACUGCAAGGGACCUGUAUAGAGGUGUAUACUUUACACAAUUAUAAAAUAGUAACUGUACUAUCUGAAAUAUUGGAUGAAUGUAGUUAUAUUAGGUGAGGAACUCUUCUUCUGGCAUUGUGGUCAUGUCUAUAGAAAGUGUUUUUGUGCACAACACACUGCAAUAAUGGAAUACGAAAAGACUUUAAAGCACAAUAGGACAGCUUUGGUGUUCAUGUUUUGGGGACACCUUGAGAUUUAAACAUAAAAAUAGUCUUGUCACAUUCAAAAUUGAUUAUUUUCCCUAGAGUUGUUAGACAACAAAUAUUCCUAAAUAUUUAAAUGCAUCCUUGAAAAACAGUAAAUAGAAUAUUUGGUUUUUUUUUAUGUCCACCUUUUACAGACAUUCUAUUUUCACCAUCAGUGAAUUAUUAAACAAAAUAAAAACAGAAAUAAAUGUAAAAAUAACACCACACGUGAAAUGUGCCUUUCGUGUAUUGGACAGAAUGGUCAUCUGGUGUCUUUUUCACAGAGGCAUUUUAAAGAAAUCCUCCAGCUCUAUGCAGUGUAUUCAAUCAUUUACCGGCUGCCAGGUUCCUAAAUGCAGGUACAGCUUUACUCAUCGCUACUCUAAACUCAUGCAAAGGUAUGUGUGAGGACCCACAUCACAAGAGAGUGGCUAUACCACUAGAAAUAGUAAGAGGCACGGACACACAUUUGGAUGAGCAUUACAAACGUACUGUAUAGAGGUAUAGACAGUGCUGGAGAAAAUAAAGGAACAAGGACUUGUGCAAAUUAAGUACUUUUGAUUGUAAUAUUACUUAAUAAUAUUAUUUGCCAUUUCCCCACACCUCUCUAGUGACCAGUAUAAAAGAGAACGAAGCAAGCAAAGUGACCUGUUCCCAGAACAAACCAAAAGAAUGUAAAUACCAGUGUGGGUGCCAACAUAAUAAAUCUGCGUCUUUGUGGGAUAUACUUUGAGGAAGUUCAGAAUGUGCCUUAUGCUUUGCUUACUGUACACAAUGUAACAUGUUUAUUGUAGCUAUGUAGUUUUUGGGGUUUUUUUUAAAGAAAAAGGUAAUCUUUGUAUGAAAUCAUGUCCAUUUUGUUUAAAAAAAUAAAAUAAAAAUUACAUUUUUUUUUUAAUGUUA